ACGGCGUCUCAUGAGACGAAACUAAACUAAACCCUACUAUCAUCAUCUUCAUCGUCGUAGAACAGAGAUCAAGUAACGGAUCGCGAUUUAUGUUCAAACCAUAACCACAGCAUUUAAUCUCAGUAAAUUCUCUCCCCACUACUCCUCAAUUCACCAGAACCUUCGAUCUCUUCGCAUUCUUCACGAUUUCUAUCCUAUAAAUAGACUUUCAAGGCUUCAUGGUUAUCACAGAAGCUUUGAUUUUUCCUACUCAUAACUCAAACACAUACCGGCGUGAACAAUGGCUGCUCCCCAGAUCUCCCUUUCCGAGUUGAGGCCAGGACGUUGUGCUCGGAUCGUUGUGACACGCCUGCUCCGAUUUUGGGAAGCUAGGAAUGCUAAGAAGGGCGGUGAACUAAUGGGUCUCGAUAUGCUUCUGUUGGAUGAUCAGUCUUCUCUUAUCCAAGCAUCUGUUUCUGUCCAUCGGCUUAACACAUUCCGAGAACUUCUACGUGAAGGAGCUAUGUAUGAGCUUAGUGGAUUUGAUGUGACUAGAAGCAACUCUCAUUUCAAGCUCUGUGAUUCUGUUGUGUCUAUCCGGCUGAACGAGUUUACAAAGAUGGUUGAGGUGGCCGCAGUUGCUAAUCCGAUCCCUACUGAGAUGUUCAGGUUCCGAACUCUUGAGGAACUCAUGGCGUUAGCUAACACUAACGUUCAUCUUCCAGACAUCAUUGGUGAGGUUUCUGAUAUCAGGACAACGUACAAUGAUCACGCUCAGACAACUCAGCGAGUGAUGGUUACUAUCAAAGUAGAUAACGAUGCAACUGUGUGCGUCAGUGUUUUUGACAGUGUAGCUGAGCUACUCCACAAGAGGCUCGAGGCUGGUGUUGUCCAGCCUAGAGUGAUGGUGGCUACGAACAUCAAUCCUAAGUUUGUAGGAGGUCGACUUUAUCUAAAUGCUACCUCUGGGACUCAUUUUUAUUUUGACAAUGAGGUGACGGCAAGCCGGACUCUCUUUGAGCAGUUGUCUACCAGACCUGAAAACGACACCACAAGUGGGAAGCAAUAUCGUGGUGUGAAGAAGCUGGAACCAGUUUCGCUUGGGGAGCUGAACAACUACGUCCUGAAUUCACCCCCUCAGUCCAUCGAAUUCCUCUGCAAAGCCCGAAUUGUGUCGCUGGAGACUACCAACGGAUGGUGUUAUAUCUCAUGUGCUAAGUGUUCCAAGAAGCUCCAGCGAGGGAUAUCCUCUUUCACUUGCACAACAUGUUUUAAUGCCAGUGCUGUUGGAGUUGUCAGGUACCGUGUUGAGAUGCAUGUGGAGUCGGGUGAAGAUACAGCUGUGUUUGUUGCAUUCGACUCAGCUAUGUCUAAGCUGAUAGGUGUCAGGGCUGCAGAGGUUGCAAACCCUAUGGGACAAGGAGAAGACCCACUAGGCUAUCAAAUCCCUCAGUUCCUACAAGACAUUGUUGGGAAUGCAUACAUAUUCCAUCUGAAGCUCACUGAAUUUAAUUUCUCUGGUAACCAUAAGUCCUUCACUGUUGCCAGGAUCUUUGAUCCCAAUGAUAGGAUACCAGGUCCUACUUUUGCACCCCAUGGUGGUGACCACAACCCUGGUGAUGAUAUGGCUGGAAGUAAGUGUGCUUCUUCCAAGUGCCAUGUCGGUUGCUCCUCUGGCGGUGGUUCCAGUGAAGAUGGUGAGAAGCUCAGCAGUGAGCAGCAGGACUCCGUUUCUGAGAAUGUUCAUGGCGAUGCAUCAGGUCCACCUGAUGAGAAUCCACCAAAGAGGGCGCGUAAUGCAUAGCUCUUGAGCAAUCAGACAUGAGGAACUAAUCCAACGUGUCGGCACUGGGCAGACGCUUGUCUUUUGUUCCUCAGUCUGUAUCAGGACAGUUGGUCCACUAUCUAAGUUAUUUCCGUCGUUGUCGUUUUUUUUUUUUUUCUUAUUUCGUUGGUGUUUUUGCUUGACAUUUGAGGUUUUCAAUAUCUACUUUUGCGUUUAUUACAUUAACUAACUCUUAUGGACCCAUCACUCAGAACAUAUAUGAACCGUCUGAUGCAUAUCUAUAGAUACAGAUGUAUGUGAUACAUAUAUGUUUAUGUAAAAAUGCAUAUCAUAAUUGAAAGGUAUUUUCAAUUUUAUGAACUUAGUUCUUCGCUUAGUAAUCAGCUUAGUAAUUUUCCAAAAUAUCACUGUUUCAGGUUUCUUCGUAAUUCUGUUUUCUCAUAACUUAUAGACAAUUAUUAUAAUUUACUAUUUAGUUAACGUUUUGUUAGCUUGAUUUUAUAGAAUGUCAAACUUGCUUCUCUCCUAAUGCUCCAAAAAUGAAUGUCUUUUGUUGGAUAUAUACUUAGUAGUUCUGUGAAAACAUUUCAUGAUUUUCCAAAAUAACACUAUCCUAACAUUUUAAAUUCAAGGCUUGAUGGGUAUGUGUACAUUUUUAUAAGAAUUAAUUAGCUUAGUAAUUUUGCAAAAUAUCACUAUUUCAGGAUUCUUUGUAAUUAACUAUUUAAAUUAACUAUUUAAUUAACGUUUGAUUAACUGGGCCUAGACUAGGCCUGGGUGUCAAUAAUAACAAUUUCCAGAAAACAAUACGUCCACCAUGCAUGGAGCGAUCGUUCUAUCAAAUAUUAAAGCGUGUUGAGUACGUAAACAAAGAAAGCAUGUACAACUCAUUUUACAC